AUGACGGACCCUCUCCCCUUGGGACAAAAGCUGUUCCUUCAGAAACUCGCCGCGGUUCACACAAUGACGGACGAAACCGCGCAAGAGUUUCUAGAUCAAUUUGAUCCAGACGACAUGCAGUGUGAUUGCGUGGACGACUGUCUAACCAGCAUCAACAAACAAUUGACAGUUGGGUUUGGUAUGGAGAUUGUGACCAUGGUGGACAAGGAUGGAAAUAAGUUCCAUGCUCUCAUUAACCAACAUGCCGAUCAAGUGGCCAAGGAGAGUUUUGGCAGUACCUACGACGCCGACACGCGCUACUUUGUUCGACAGGUCUUGGAGAGUCUGGUGGAAGGACCUUCGGUGCGAUCGACGCUGAUCAACUUGCGAACAAAGUUGCAGCCUCCUCUCAAGCUAGAUAUUGACAAGGCGGAUCAGUGCAUUGAAAAUCUUUUGGACGAACAUUGGUUGCAACGCGAUGAUGGCGACAAUAAGAGACGACGUGACUCCAUGAAUGCCAAAAUUGAGUUGGGACCAAGGGCCUUUCUGGAGUUGUCGGUCUUGUUGAUGGACAUGGGAUUUCCUCAGGAUGAUUUGCCGCAGUUUUUAUUUCACCGAUAA